AUGGUGUCGCGAAUCAAGCUUCUUCCUCUCGCUAUUUCUCUUCUUCUCGUUGUUUCAACGAUUGUUCAAGCCACCAUCGAUGUCCAUUACUGUGAGGAGAACACAGAGUAUGAAGUAAAAGUGAAAGAAGUUGAUAUAUCUCCUGAUCCUAUAGCUCGUGGCGAGCCAGCUACUUUCACCAUCUCUGCAAACACAGGUCGUGGGAUUUCGAGUGGGAAGUUGGUGAUUGAAGUUUCAUACUUUGGAUGGCAUGUUCACUCUGAGACACAUGAUCUUUGCACUGAGACAACUUGUCCGGUUGAAACCGGAGAUUUCUUGGUUGCUCACUCUCAAGUUCUUCCUGGUUAUACUCCUUCUGGUUCGUACGCGCUGAAAAUGAAGAUGCUUGAUGCGCAGAACAAGGAGUUAACGUGCAUUAAAUUCUCGUUCUACGUUGGAUCCGGACCAUCUGUGGCUGACAUUUAG